GGUGUUCAUGGAGUCCCCCAAAAUCCUGAGGAGCUCUCAAAUGUCCGUCAGAAAUCUGAGAAGGCUUCAAGGAAUCAGGUUCAUACCUCACCAAAGGAGCUGUCGGUAGCCAAUGGGACUUCCCACUCCACUCUGACAAGGAAGGACAUGAGGGUGGAAGGACACAAUCCUGAAUCCAGGUCCAGGCUUAGAAGAACAGGUUGGACAUGUAAGGAAUGUUCACAGUGGAUCCCUGAUCGGGAAACCUAUGUGUCCCACAUGAAGAGAAACCAUGGAAGGUCCAUGAAGAGAUAUCCCUGUCGGCAGUGUGAACGCUCAUUCAAGGCCUCCAACAGCCUGCGCAGACACAUCCGCAAUAACCACGACACAGCAAAGAAAGUUUACACCUGCUGGUACUGCACAGAUGAAAAUCAGACAUUUCCUCAGCCAUUCAUGCUGGAGAACCACAUCAGCCUCAUGCAUGGCAUCAAAAACCCAGACUUGUCCCAGAUGGCCAAAGCAAGAGCUUCAGAGAGAGACACAGCAGAAGUAACUGAUAUCUAUUUUCAUUGA